AUGGAGAAGGAUUCCCCAUCAACGCCCACUUCUGUCAAAGCUCAGGGGUCAUGCUCUGUCGAGGAUGGACCCUCUCGUCCCUCCACCGUACAGAUGCCUCCCUCACCUGUCUCCAACAACCUCUCUGCCACAGACCAAUCUCCAGCCUCCACAGAAACAAAGACAGAACCCUCAUAUUCUGCGCCACGAACACCUCAAGUCGUGUCGAAAUCAACGGACUCCCCUUCUCCGGCUGAAGGGUCAAAGCCUUCCUCUUCUGCUGUGUCCUCGACACCCGCUUCUAAAAUUGUCUCCACCAACCCAUCCUCUCCUGCUCCACACAAAACACCCCUCGUUACUUUUCUUAACCACCCGAGCCCUCAAAUCUCAAAAAUGUCCCCCGUCUCCAAACUCGCCUCUCCCUCCGCUGCUUCAGCCGGUGUGACCUGUACGACUGUGACAGAUUCCCCUCCAUCGUCCUCCAGCACUGCUUCCACCGCAGCGCCUGCAGCGUCUUCCACCCCUCCAGCGAAACGCACCUUUGCCUCCAUGGCCAAGCAGGUCAUAAUACAGGAAAGACUCAGGAAAGCAGAGGAAGAGGAUGCCGUUGACGAUGAAGAUGGGGAUGAACCUGAGGAGGAUUUGUCCGUGGAGCAGAUGGAGGAGAAGGCCAAAGCAGGUGAUGCCCGAGCUCAGACCCGGCUCGGUCAGCACUUCUUGAUUCUUGCUGGAGAGAAGGACACUGAGCUGAAUAAUCUCCUGGCUGUUAAAUGGCUGAUUACAGCAGCUAAACAGGGAAGAAAAGGUGCAGCAACAUUACUGCAGCGCUGCUGGAUCCAGAGAAAAGGAAUCACUCCAGAGAACGAGGCUGAAGUGCGAAAGUUGUCAACAGAGAGUAGGUUUGAACUGGCUGUACGCAAAGCCGCCAUGAUGAUGUACUUUAAGCUCAACCCAGACAGGAAGAAGAAGUUGGCUGUGUCUGAGAUGCUGGGAAAUGUCGGCCAGGUCAAUGCAGUGCAAGGUGGCACCGCAGGCAGGAUUCCCGGGCCAACCUCAGGCCAGACCCAGAAAGUGUUGGAAAGCAUGGUCAGCAAUGAGUCUGAACAGUUGGUGGAUCUGGAUGAAUUUGUUGAGAUGACAAAAAAGUACGCACAAGGUAUCGCCCCCACUGCACCGCAAAACGACACCCAGGCCACAGCCAAGAAUAAAAUCCCUGCACCUGAAGAGCACAAGACUGAGUUGGUUCCACGCAGGAAGUCACACGGUUCUUGGAGUUUUGGUGGAAGUGGGAUGAUGUUGGACACUAAGCCGACUGACGCCAUAAAAAGAGCCAUGGACAUGAAGUCACGGUUGAUGAUAUUGCAGUACCCGCUGAACACCAUCAUGGAUAUGAAGGAGGCCCUGGUGGACUGGGCGUCGCGGGCUGGCGUCCAGUGGCUGAGCACCGUCAUCCCCACGCACCACGUCAACGCCCUCAUUUUCUUCUUCAUCAUCAGCAACCUGACAGUCGACCUGUUUGCUUUCGUCAUCCCUCUGCUCGUCUUCUACCUCUCCUUCAUCUCUAUGAUCAUCUGCACGCUGCGUGUUUUCCAGAGCAGCAAGACUUGGGAGAACUUCAGAGCGCUGACAUCUUUACUGACGCGUUUUGAACCGGGGCUGGAUGUGGAGCAGGCAGAGACCAACUUCGGCUGGAACAACCUGGAGCCGUAUCUCUACUUUAUCAUAUCCGUCUUCUUUGUCAUUUUUUCUUUCCCUGUAGCCGACAAAGGCUGGAUCCCCUGUUCUGAGCUCUCCACCGUGGCCAUCUUCUUCACCGCAGUCAGCUUCAAGAGCCUCAGCCCCACUGCGGCCAUGUACGCACGCCGAGCGAUGGUCAUAGAGGUAGCAUCAAGUCUGUGUUGCCUGACCCAGUUCCUGCCAGAGAACAUGAUGUUGCUGCGGUGUCUGGGACACACCUUCGCCACUCUACCACUAGGGGAAUCGGUGGUGCUGAAGCUCAGUCUCCCCUGCCUGCUCUACAUUUACCUGUUCUACCUGUUCUUCAGCAUGGCAAAGAUGCGUGGUUUCCGUGGGACGUACUGCUUCUUGGUUCCUUACCUCGUGUGCUUCAUGUGGUGUGAGUUCUCCGUGGUUCUCCUCCAGAGCUCCUCCGCUGUGGGUCUGAUCCGCACCUGCGUGGCCUACUUCCUCUUCCUGUUUGCGCUGCCUAUUCUGGCGUUCGGCCUCGCCAUCAUGAUUCUCAUCCAGCUCUUCAAGUGGUUCCUGGAGCUGGAACUGACGAAGAUGAUCGUGACCCUGGUCGUGUGUGCGAUCCCCGUCACCCUGCGACUCUGGACACGAUUCAGCUUGUCCAUUUUGGACGUGUUCCGUUCGGUGACCCACCGCGGCCCAGUCAAACUCAUCUUACUCUGUAUCUCCAUGGUGAUCCUGUUCUUCUCCUUCUACGUGUACCACGCAGAGGGACAGAAGGUGUAUAACUCCAAGCUGACUUGGAACCAGUACAGCCUUGUGUGCGGACCCCCUGCCUGGGAAACCAAAGGCAUGGCCCAGACGCAGAUCUUCUGUAGCCACCUAUAUGGACACAGGAUCACUUGGGCUGGACGAUUCAAGCACGUCCGCGUGGCAGACACAGAGAAUGGGCCACAGUCUGUCAUUAACAUGUUGCCUGUGUUCAUGGGGGACUGGCUGCUCUGCCUGUACGGAGAGACGUAUCCCAAAUGUGAUUCAAAGAACGAUACGGCCCCAAACCUAACAUCCGCUGCCGCUUCUGGACCGGCCCCUCUCUCCCUACCCACCCUGCUGCAAAUGCAAGAAGAAGAAGAGCUGUGUCAGAUCAAGGCUCUGGCCAAAAACACCUGUCACGUGAAGCGCUUCGACAGCUACCAAUUUGAGGUGACUGUGGGACAGAUCCGGGACGGGAGCAUGGACGUAGGCGACCCGGCCAGGGAUAUAAUCCUGGUUGCCAGCAAUGAGUUCCGACAGGUUUUGUUCAAACUCAACCCCGGUAACAUGGUGGAGUUCAGCACCAAGCUGGAGGGCCGACUCGGAGGCAGAGCCCCGGCAUUCGAGCUGAAGGCCAUCCACUGUCUGGACUGUGUUUCCUCCCUGUCGACUGGAGGCAGGCAGGUGAAGAUAGAGAGAGACUGGAGACGCACGACCAUGAGAGCGCUGAAGUUUGCCUUUGAUUUUUUCUUCUCUCCGUUCCUGUCCGCGAAAAUCACUGCCUGA